UGAAGCUAUGACGUGCGCCCCGGGUUCUUUGUUGACGCCUCUCUACGCUGUAGUGCCUAUCCAGAUGUUCCAUUGUGCCUUGGAAGUCCGGUCGAUCCGCUAGAGAGGUCCUUGGAUGCGAAUAAUCCCUCCCUUUUCCCUGUCGUUCGUUGGUCCCUGCGCCGAUCAUCAGUUUUACUCAAGUUCGACUCCCAAACAGCGGUUCAUGAUAGGAUCCACAGACAAUACACAUGACACAUAUCGUCAAUUCCUUCUUCCAUCAAGUUCCGAACUUUGACUAUAUAUAACACCCUUCAUAGCCGCUGUCGCGGUCGAUGUGAAACCAAUCGAUGUGAACUUCGUUGCUCUUCGCCCUCGUUGUCAGCAUGUCCACUGCCGUCUUACAGCGCAAUGGCAAUGGGUUGCCACGAGCGCGCGGUAUGAAAAAGGCCGAGGAUGGUGUUACGACACCCGCUUUAGAUAGAAUAACAUCUGUUGAUUCAAGUGGUCGCUCAACCCCCAUCGCCGAAGAUGCGCCCCCCUCAGUACAUUCGAUAUCCAGCGCCAGGAAGCAGGCGCGAGCUCGAACUCGCCUGUUCUACACCAUCAAUUAUACUCCUCGCGUGUCGCAUUUUGACCCCAGGAGCGACCAUCACAAUUUCCGCGGCUUCUUCACUCUGUUCUGGAUUGCGCUAUUCAUCAUGGUAGUCACGACUGUGCUGCGGAAUAUCAAGGAUACUGGUUACCCAUUGAGAGUGCGAGUAUGGGGCCUGCUGUCGGCGAAUGUGUGGGAAUUGGGUCUCAGUGACCUCGCGAUGGUUGUCAGCAGUGGGCUUGUCGUGCCGCUGCAUCAUCUCUUUAGGAGCAACGGUUUGCUGCGGUGGGGCCGAGCUGGUAUGAUUGUACAGAGUCUCUUCGAAGUAGUAUGGCUUGUGCUGUGGAUCAACUGGCCUUUCAUGAUGCGCUGGACCUGGACAGCCCAGGUUUUCCUGACUUUGCAUACGCUUGUUUUCCUGAUGAAGAUGCAUUCAUACGCAUUCUACAAUGGACAUCUGAGCGAAACGCAGCGUCGACUGGCUUCACUAGACAAACCUGGUUCGGUCUCACUCGAUGCAGCGGUCCGAUACCCAGACCCGGAACCUAGCGGACACCCGACACACCCGCACAGCAACCAUACACGAUCUAAAUCGGUCGAGGAAGUACGCGAGGAUCUGGCAUCUGAAUUGACUUCGCCCUUGGGACGUGUGACCUAUCCACAGAACCUCUCUCUCACCAACUACAUCGACUACAUCUUCUGCCCGACACUCUGCUAUGAGUUGGAGUAUCCUCGAAACAAGAACAGACAAUGGACCGAGUUGGCCGCCAAGGCUCUGGCCGUCUUUGGCUGCAUCUUCCUCCUAACGCUGACGAGCGAGGAGUUCAUUGUGCCUGUCCUCAGCGAGGCUAGUGCCCAACUACACCUGGUCCACGGCGCCUCCGAAAAGGCACUGAUCCUGGCGGAGACAAUCAGCAUGCUCCUGUUCCCAUUUAUGAUUACAUUCCUGCUAGUCUUCCUGGUCAUCUUCGAGUACGUACUCGGUGCAUUCGCAGAGAUCACCCGCUUCGCCGACCGCCAGUUCUAUUCGGACUGGUGGAACUCCUCUGACUGGCUCGAAUUCUCCCGCGAAUGGAACAUCCCUGUUCACCACUUCCUCCGCCGACACGUCUACUUCCCUUCCCUACCAUACUUCUCCCAGCCCGUAGCCAUGUUCAUCACGUUCCUCGUGAGCUCCGUCUUCCACGAGCUAGUCAUGAGCUGCAUCACCAAGAAGUUGCGCGGCUACGGCUUCCUAGCCAUGAUGCUCCAGAUGCCCAUCGUCGCCGUCCAACGGUCGCGAUUCUUCCGCGGGAAGAGGACCCUCAAUAACGUCUUCUUCUGGCUAUCGAUGAUAACGGGGCUGUCUAUGAUGUGUGCUCUGUAUGUCCUGGUUUGAACUGAACAAAUGUAUACUGGGUCGGUAGAAUAGCGUGUCUUGGUUAUACUUGUACUAUAGUGUAGUAGAUUUGGUUAUAUACCCUCGUUUUGAAAGUGCCA